CUCUUUAUAUUACUACUUCAUCUUCCUUUCUGAUUGUAUGUCAUAACUUUAAUAACGAUCUCUGCAUGAAGAAAGCCCUUCUACGUCCGACGUCGUAAAUAUUGCGCAGGGUUGGAAACCCUCGCUAUCUAGCGUAAUCCGGGCGGGGUGGCGAUGGCAAGAGUUCCGGGGGUGGAACGGGGUUGCUCGGGGGCGAGUCAAAUCCCCGGAUGCCAUCUGGUGGUGGUCGGUGCAAGCAGGAGCCACUGGUGCCCCGUAAAGUGCAUAGCGCCGAAACGAAAGGAAGACAGGAAGAAAGGAAGGUUGAGGAUCGGCCCGGGACGAGGAUCUGACGACUUUCCUCCUCGAUGAAUCUAUUCCGGGAACGCGCAGUAUUACUCACCGCGCGCGCGAUUCGUUCGAGUUACCAGCGAAAAAAGUAACGUGCCUUCCUCCGUGACAAGCUGCGGGCUCUCUGCUUCCAUCAUCGACGAUCACGUCGGGCGAGCACGAUGUAAAACCACGAGGCAUUCGAACAAAUCCCGAGCUUUUGUGCUUUCCUUGGAGAUACCUUCGCCAAUAUUCGAGUGCACCAGCUUAUUUCUUCACCUUCCGUUAAUCAAGUUCGAAACGUAAUCAUUUUUGACAUCAGAUACGAGAAAGUACUUGAAAUUGACAGAAGAUAGCUCUUGUUGACGAUCAACAGAAAUAAAGCGUUCACGAAGGAGUCUACAGUCGUAGAUACCAUCGAUGAUACCAGGACACAGCACACGAGGAGUACGAGUGAUUCGCGAUGUGGGUGUCCUCGGCAGUGUGGUGAUCGAUCCAGAAUGUCAGUGAUCGACGAAAUCGACGGAGGAAAAGCGUCGCGACACGGAUAGCCAUCGACGACCGAUGGCAGCAUUUCGUCGCGAGUGUUAAAGUAUCUUAUCGCGUGCGAGGCUCGCGAUGGCGAGAUAUCGACCGCAGCCGUCGAAUUAAUCGUCGAAGGUCGCGAGCACCGCCUCGCUCCGUUGUCCUUCGUUCAAUCCGAUCAACGAUCCGACACUCUUUAAGUCAAUCAUCUGGGCGAAAAGCAAACCAAAUGAUCAAUGACGAUCGAACAUGGAUCUGCCGAUUUGCGGAUCGAUGCACGAAAUCACUUGAACCUCUCUAUUUUCUUCGAUUGUGUCCGAUCUUUCUUAAAUUACUCUUAAUUAAAGCUUAGAUCAAACAAUACUGAUUCUAGCAAUUCUUUUUUUAAAAAACGAUACUCAUGUUUACAAUUAUCAUAACUAACCGAGCAAUAAAUGCAUGCUUAUGAAUGAAAGUGAAGAGUAAAACUGUCCUCGUGAGUUUUCUUCUUUAAACAUGCUUGUCGCAACUCACAAUAAAGACCACUCGCUGUCCCAUGUGCCGUACUUUGGCAACGCGAAACCAUAGAAUUGUUGAAAUCCAUCGCGAUUGUUACAUUGAUAAAAUCAAUUUAGCACAAAUACAGAAAUUUGGUUAUAUUUGUAAACAAUCGAUCGCUACCGAUUGUUCAAAGCUUCAAGUUUUCGUGCUUCGGUGAUAGUGCUUGGCACUUCCUUAUCCGCACGGUCGGGCCGAUCGAACUCGCACCGAGUCUAAGGACUUCGACCGCUACGCUCCCUCGCUAUUUCGAGGCUGCGCGCGAGGAAACGCGUGGUUGAAUCGAAGCGACCCUCUCCGAACGAGACCCACUGACCUAUCGACUCGCUCGAGCUGCCACUCGAGGCCGUUCCAACUACCCCUCUUCUACACUUUCCAUCCUGAUAUUUGUUGUUGUUGCUCUCAGUUUCUUGGUCCAACCUACAGUUCGGUUUCUCCCAACUUUCGAACGCAUCAUAAAUCACUCGUUUUACAUUUUUAUGAAUAUGCAAAUGACUUCUUCUCUUGUUGUCUUAAACUAAAAAUGUUGAUCUCGAGAUUUUUCGAUAGUGCACGACGAUAUUGAAGGAUCUUUUAAAGAUUGCCUUUUUGAUACAUUGUCAUUACUUGCACGUCUUUUUCAAAGCGACGAACCUAAUCCCAUGAAAAUGAAUCGAAAUAUUCUCAAAUAUUCUCUCGCGUAUAGCGAAAAAUGGUUCAAAAGCAGACACAUUGGACAUGAGAUGCUUUCCAAUAUCGGCGUAUUAUUGUAUUCACGUGAUAUAAAAGUGGCGUAUCGAUACGAGCCGUUAAUGACGAUCUAAAUGAAUGUAAUGAAAUAAAUCGAUAUUAUCAAUAUAAAAUCACGAACGGAGGAGAAAAAAAAAGUAAGAAAAACGUUGAGAGAAAAACGUUGCACGCUUCAUAAAAGAAGAUGCUUUGAAGAGAUCUUUCUCUUUCUCUUGUCUCUCAGAGACAAUGAUCCCGACGAUUAUGGAAAAAUGCAAAUAAAUCCUGCAAUAAUCCAUACGUGAAUAUUUACACAUAAACGAGAGUAUAAUGGGAUAGAAGUCCAAAGCAAGUACUCGAGUAAUCUCGAAAGUGACUGACUAUUCAAACUGACUGUUCGAUUCAUUCAUUUUCACCUCGUCGCUGGCCUCAACGCAACGCAAUAACAACGACACUGUCUUCGACAGUUAUCAUACGUAGAAAUGCCAUAGCUCGUAUUAGAUACCUUUACUGAAAGCAAACAUCCGCGAAAAAUGGCUGAAAGCGCAGCGAGUCCAAGCAACGUGCAUGCGAACAGUCCGCAACAACCACAACCACAACCACAACAGCAACAGCAACAGCAGCAGCAGCAACAAUCACAACAACCGCAACAACAAUCACAACAACAACAGGCACAACAGCAACAGCAAACACAACAACCUCCAGAUAUAAGCAGUUCACAGCUAACUUCUCCGCCAAUCACGGGAACAGCUCAGAUCGAGAUAAUCCCAUGCAAGGUAUGCGGGGACAAGAGCAGCGGUGUACAUUACGGUGUGAUCACCUGCGAGGGCUGCAAGGGCUUCUUCAGGCGGUCGCAGUCGUCGGUCGUCAACUAUCAAUGUCCGCGGAACAAGAAUUGUGUGGUCGACCGUGUAAACAGAAACCGGUGCCAGUACUGUCGGUUGCAAAAGUGCCUACGCCUCGGCAUGUCAAGAGAUGCCGUUAAAUUUGGGCGCAUGUCGAAAAAACAACGGGAAAAGGUUGAAGAUGAGGUCAGAUUCCAUAGGGCGCAAAUGAGGGCAGCCUCAGAAACGGCGCCAGACAGUAGUGUAUUUGAGCAUCAGACGCCGAGCAGUUCGGAUCAACAUCAUCCUUAUAAUGGCGGGUACACGUACAGUGGUAGCGAAUACACAUCGUCAGGUCCCGGCACUGGCGGUUACACGAAUUACAAUCACCAGGCGAUGACGAAUUAUGAGCUUAGCGCCGACUACGUCGACAGCACGACGACCUACGACCCCAGACCGACGCAGACGCAGGUCGCAGAUACCGUCGCGCCCGACACGCCCUCGGCCGUCACUGCAACCGGAGUACUUCCCAGUGUAGUCACUACUGGGAAGUCUCUGUCCGCCUCGACGACCGGGAACGGCGCAGGGGGUGGCGGAGGAGGAGGCGGUGGCGGCGGUAGUGGUGGUGGUGGUAAUGGUGGUGGCGGUACUGGUAGCGGUAAUGGUAAUAGUAGCGGUGGCGGCGGUUCUGCCGCGGCCGCCAGCGGGACUGCCGGGAGCGGAGGCGGUGGCAGCGGCUCCCUGAGCGGCGGCGGAAUCGUCGCCGUGAAACAGGAGACCACCGUCGAGCUCGCCGGCUUGGGCCAUGGCUCGUAUACGAUGGUUGACUCGACGACCUUCCUUAGUGGACAGCAGCAGAGGGUCAGCAAUCCAUCUGAAGAUGACGAAGUGCCGAGUCUGCCCAGUAUGUCCCAUGCGAUGAGAUAUCCGGCACAAAUCAGCGAGCUUCUCUCGAAAACGAUAGCGGACGCGCACGCAAGGACAUGCCUGGUGUCGACGGAACAAAUCCAGGAAUCCUUCCGGAAGCCCACCGACAUCACCAGAAUGAUCUACUACAAGAACAUGGCACAUGAGCAGCUCUGGUUGGAGUGCGCCCAAAAGUUGACCACCGUUAUCCAGCAGAUCAUCGAAUUUGCCAAAAUGGUCCCUGGAUUCAUGAAGCUCUCGCAGGACGACCAGAUUGUUUUAUUAAAGGCUGGUUCCUUCGAGUUGGCUGUGCUACGAAUGAGCAGGUACCUCGAUCUCCAACAAAACUGCGUCCUAUACGGCGACACCUUGCUACCGCAGGAGGCAUUUUAUACGACGGAUACGGCGGAAAUGAAGCUUGUUUCCUGCGUAUUCGAGCUGGCCAGAAGCAUCGCCGAACUGAAACUCACUGAAACCGAGUUGGCGCUCUAUAGCGCGGCUGUUCUACUUAGCCCUGAUCGACCGGGACUGAAGUGCCUGGGAGACAUCAAUAGGCUGUCGCAGGCGGUGAUCAGAGCGUUAAGGUCAGAACUAGAUCGGAACCAUGUGACGCCGAUUAAGGGCGAUGUGACCGUAUGCGACGCAAUUCUCGCGAAGAUACCGCAGCUACGGGAGAUCUCACUGCUGCACAUGGACGCGCUGGCGAAAUUCAAGCGGUCGCAACCGCAUCUCGAGUUCCCGGCCCUCCACAAGGAGCUCUUCAGCGUCGAUAGCUGAACGAGCGACACGGCGCGGAACGUCGUCCCGGCGCUGCCGAGCAGACAGGAGCGCGAAUAGCGUCUCAGACCUUGCUCGGUCAAGAUUAUUUCCUUCAUAAUGAACGUAUUGGGCCUUAAAUAAACAU